AUGUGCAUGAAGGCUCAGUGCUCUACCUGCAACAAAACCACCUGGUGGGGCUGUGGCAGCCACAUCCCCUCCGUCAUGGACGCGAUCCCCGCCGACCAGUGGUGCUCUUGUGAGCCGCAGGUCGAAAAGGAGGGCAAGAAGUACCCCCCAAGGCUUCAAAGGUGGCCUGACUGCAAGGCUGUGUGA